AUGUCAACGACAGACCUCGCAACCGCUCCCUCCCCGGCUGUAGUCCCAGCGGAGGGAAUCCCAUACUACACGCCCGCCGCGAACCCCGGCGCAGAGGCCGACCCGACAGAAAAGGAAACGCCGACUCUUUUCCGCCCCUUGAAGAUCCGCGAUGUUACACUCAAGAACCGCGUUAUUGUCGCGCCGAUGUGCAUGUACUCGACAAACCCCGACCCCGCAUCCCCCUCCAUUGGCGCCUUGACAGACUUCCACGUCGCGCACCUGGGUCAUCUCGCCCUCAAGGGCGCAGGCCUUGUCAUAAUCGAGGCAACAUCUGUCCAGCCCAACGGGCGUAUUUCACCUAAUGACUCCGGGCUCUGGCAGGAGGGCACGGCCUCCGAGCAGUUCAAGGGUUUGAAGCGCGUUGUCGAUUUUGUGCAUUCGCAGGGCGGCAAGAUUGGUAUUCAGCUUGCGCAUGCGGGGCGAAAGGCGAGUGUCGUUGCGCCGUGGUUGGCGAGUGCCAAGGGGGUGCGGAGUCUCAAGGCUGAUGAGGGUGUGUUUGGGUGGCCGAAGAACGUGGUUGGGCCCAGUGGAGGUGAGGAGAAUAUCUGGGUGGAGGGUGGAGUGUCGUAUUGGGCUCCAAGGGAGCUGAGUACGGAGGAGGUGGAGGAGGUUGUGAGGGCAUUUGCGAGAAGUGCAGAGCUCGCGGUCAAGGCCGGGGUGGAUGUUAUCGAGAUCCACGGUGCGCAUGGGUAUUUGGUCAACCAAUUCCUGAGCCCUGUGACGAACCGGCGGACGGAUAAGUACGGUGGGAGCUUCGAAAAUCGGACAAGGUUCCUUCGCGAGAUUGCGUCCGCGAUUCGGGCGGUGAUUCCCGAGGGCAUGCCGUUGUUCUUACGAAUUAGUGCUUCAGAGUGGCUGGAAGGACAGCCGAUCGCUGCUGAGCGCGGCUCUUGGGACAUCAACUCGAGUAUUGAAUUGCUCAAGAUUCUGCCGGAGCUUGGUGUUGACUUCCUCGAUGUGAGCUCUGGUGGGAACCACAAGGACCAAAAGUUUGACCCUCAUGGAGACUACCAGGUCAAACUGGCUGCACAGCUGCGCAAGGAAAUUCGGGCAGCUGGCGGGACAACGCUGGUCGGUGCUGUCGGGCUCAUCACGCAGGCUGAGGCGGCCUCGGAGAUUGUGCAAGGUGCGGAUAACGACGAGGCGCACCGUGCAGAGACAAUGCUGGCCGGGGCAGAGCCAAGGGCUGAUGCUGUGCUGAUGGCUCGCCAGUUUCUGCGGGAGCCCGACUGGGUGAUGAACGCCGCGAAGAAGCUGGGUGUUCAUCUUACCCCUCCUGUUCAAUUUGGUAGAGCAUAUCUGCGAUAA